AUGGCAAGGAAGAAGACCACGGAUGCGGCCGGGAAAGGGAAGGGAGUGGCCGGCAAUGGAGUUGGCGAGGUGCCGGCUGCCCCCGUUGAAUUGCCGAUUGUUAAUCCGAAAGAGACGACGAAGACGGAUCCAAUUCCACAUGCCGAAACAUCAAAGGCAGGAGAGAAUAGGGGAUCUACAAUGGGGCUACACUCCGGCGAUGGUGAACGAAUGAAUUGGUCUCAAUUCUUCAAAGGACGCCCGCCACCACCGGAGGAUCUGGCGCUGGACUCGGUGAAAGGAUUGGACGACACGAACGUCCUCCAAUUUGAAGAAGACGACGAGACUGAUUGGGGGACGAAGGGCGUGUUUUUGGCCGUUGCUUAUUUUCCGGGGAAAUUCCCUGGUGUUGAGGCCAUACGCGCGAUCAAGGCUCAAUGGGAGGUCCCGGUGAAGUUUCAGAUCCAUCCUACGGGGUGGAUCGUGUUCAAAUUCACAACGGACCAAGAUCGAAUGAAGGUGGUGGAGAUGGGGAAGUUUGAGCAUGGUCUAGCGACGCUAUACAUUCGCACCAUGCCGGAUUUCUUCAAUUUCGACAUCAACGACAUGAUGUUUGUACCGGUUUGGGUGAUCAUCCGCAACAUCUCUGCGGAACUCUACAACAAAAAGGCGUUGAGUAAGAUUGCUCAGAAGAUAGGCAAACCGGUCCAAAUGGAUCAAGUUACGAGUGAGAUGGGGAGGCUUGGGUUUACACGCCUCCAAGUGGAGGUGGACGCGUCCAAACCAUUACGACGGUCGCUCACAUUGAUUAAUGCGAAAGGCAAGAGUUAUGAGGUCCCAAUCGAAUAUAGCCACGAACCGGUUUUUUGUUCGAAAUGCCAAACCCUUACGCACAAGACGGAUCAAUGUAGAGCGGAGGUAGUGCUAAAGCGUGGACGAGGCCGUAAGCCUAAACCAGUGGUGAGUGUUGCACAAGAGCCACCGGUGAAAACGGUUUGGGCGGGCAAGAGGACGGUGCUCAGCGAGGAACCGGAGUUGGAAAAGGAGAAGGAAACCGUGAAUGUGGAGGAUGGGGUUUCGGAGGAUGGAUCGACCGAGUGCUAUGUUGUGGAUGAUGAGGACCGGGGCUCAUUGGUGGAGUUUAAUGCCCUAGACUCCCCAAAAUCCCCGGGAACAGCCCCAAGACGAUGA